CUAACCAAAAAAACAAGUUAUAAACCGCACAGCCUGCCUGAAUCCUCCUUCUUCUAACUUGCCAUCGCGUUCCACAACAAACAAACCAAAAUCUCUCAAAUGUCGCCCGCAGUUCUUCCCGAAGAACUCAUCACAGAAGUCUUAUCAAUCCUUCCUGUCAAAUCUAUUUUGAGAUUCAAAUGCGUCUGCAAGCCAUGGAAAUCUCUCAUCUCUGAUCCUUUCUUUAUCGAAAAACAACUUCAUCAAUCACAAAAGCGAAACAAGCAUCUCGCACUGAUCUUGUGUAAACCUCACAUACAAACAGUUUCCUAUUAUUAUGAUAGGGACUGUUGUGUGGUACCCUUUCCCCUCGACACUUUACUACUUAAUCCAUCCAAAACCAUUAACAUUCUUCCUCAACACCGACUGAGAUACAAGAGCUGCUUCCGAGUCAUUGGUUCCAUCAAUGGAUUGCUCUGUUUGUUUAAUUCUCGCAUAAUUCGUGAAGGUGAAUGGGAUCGAAACACCUGGUUCCGUUUGUGGAACCCAGCUACAAAAAAAAUAUCUCAAAAAUUAGGGUCAAUUACCCAUCCCAAUUGCCAUCCAUAUUUUGGCGGUGAAAAUCAACCUAACUAUCUCAGGUUUGCAUUUGGUUAUGAUAAUUCAAAUGAUACUUAUAAAGUAGUGGCAUUCUGUCCUAAUGAGGUCAGAAUUUUCAGCUUCCGUGAUAAUGCUUGGAAAAACAUUCAAUGUUUCCCUGUAGUUCCAUACUAUCGUGUGGCUCUUGUUCGCCAUAGAGAGCAACGUGUUAACGAAGGAGUGUAUUUGAAUGGUACAGUUAGCUGGUUGGCCAUUCCAAAUUCCAAAUAUUUUUGGGGACAAUAUGAAGAACAUGAAGAUCUUCCGGCAAUUGAUCAAUUUGUGAUUAUCUCGUUGGAUCUAGGUACCGAGACAUACAACCAAUUGCUUCUCCCUCGGGAUUUAGUUGAAGUCCCGACUAUUUUGCCAACUAUUAGUGUGUUGAGGGACUGCCUUUGUGUUUCCUAUCAUAUUAAGACCACACAUUUUGCUAUAUGGAUGAUGAUGGAAUUUGGAGUCCAAGAGUCUUGGACUCAAUUCCUUAAUAUUAGUUAUGCAGAUCUUCAAAUUGAUUAUGAAUCCCCACGAUAUAAUUAUGAUCAUCUACUGCACCCGCUGUGCCUUUCCGAGGAUGAUGACACAAUAAUAUUAGCAAGUAGUCAUGAAGAGCAAGCAUUUCUCUAUAAUUUGAGAGAUAAUAGAGUAAGGAAAACUAGGAUUACCAACAACGUGUUGUGGAUGUUUUCUCCUCAUUAUAUUGAAACCUUGGUUUCAACCGGUGGUUGAAAACCAAUCAAACCAAUAUACACUUUGAGGGAGUCAGGUGAUAUGUUAAUUGCGUGAAGUUUGGGUUAGAGUGAAAGCGAAUGUCAUUAGCUAUCCGUAUUCCGUCACAGCGGCUGCCAAUGCAAAAUCGUUUCUGGUUUGGGUGUGAGCCUGGUUAUGUCAGCAAAAUCGGUGCAACGUUUCUGCCUUUUUUUUAUGACAAUUUUAUGCUUUGCCGAUGUAUGUUAUGUGUCCUGGUACUGCCUUGUGCUGGUUUUUUCAAGCGCCAGGGACAUGGGCUGUAACUAUUUUAUAUAGAGAAUCUUUAUGAAAAUUGUUCCUCCGAUUUACGUUGUUGCAGUGGGUGCGCUAAUGUGAUAUGCUGCGGAAGAAUUGAUUUUAAUUUUUAUGCAAAUUUCUCCUCUUUUUUGUUCUUCGUUGUAAAAUUUGAAAUGUGGUGCGUGAUAAAUUUAGAGGCUGGUUGUAUUUUGCUGUCAUAAAAUUUGCACAGUUUAAUUCAAAGAAUGAUAAUGAGCUUGCUCUGUGGAUAAUAGUUCUGCUGCUGCUUUGUAUUUUGAAUGUUGUUGGAUAGUCUGGGGUUAGCGUAAUUACCAAUGAUCGUCACGAUCCAAAACUAUUUUGAUGAUGAAACCAUGGAAAUUAAUUUCA